CAGACGACUUAAAUGUAUUUCCCUGGAAGUUUCAAUUAGUUGUGCAAUAAAGUAUCAGUAGGUGCCAGCAGAGUCAGCAGAAUUCUGUGAUUAACCCCUUUACUGCUCCGUAUAGCAACGUUAUAGGGAAGGACAUUGUCUAUUGAGACUUUGUGUGUUACCAUAGACGUGCACCAAAUACCAACCAGUGGAACGACAGGAGGUAGUGAAUGUCCCCAGUUAACCUUUGAUCAGUUUGCGUUUUAAUCUCAGAGGGUACAACGUAUGCAACGGUCCGCAUUUUAUCGAGGGGAAUCACUAGGAGCACCUUGUCAGAGCGCCAACAUGUCUGACUACGUUAUCCGACUCUACAAGGACUCCGACUACGAUGUGUCCAGGGACCUGUUCGCUGAGGGACUCGUAGAGCACACCAAUAAAGCCUUUCAACACGCCAUACGACUGCCCCACAUCUGGCUCCCAGUAUUGGCGGUGUUACUCCUUCCUGCACUAAACCUUUUGUCUAUCGCAAUGUCCAUUCUGAUGGCUGUCACAGCUAUAGUUGUUGUGUAUUAUUGUUCCCGUUACAUGUACACAUCCUACAUAGAUUACUCUCUCUCCGAUGACAUGCUGGACAUUCGUAAAUAUUACCUGCAGCGGGAGGGCUACAGCUUCUGGGUGGCCGAGUCAACAAGCGGUGAAGUCAUGGGUACGAUCGCUGCUCUGCCUUCUUCUGACCCCGGAGGAGAAAAACAUCUGGAACUGAGACGACUAUCGGUGGCCAAACAUCACAGAGGGAAAGGGAUUGGCUCAGUGUUAUGCAGAACGCUCAUUGACUUUGCCCGGAAGAGAGGUUACGAGGCCGUGGUCCUGACCACCACCUUAUCACAAGUUAAUGCUCAAAAAAUGUACGAGAAGCUCGGCUUCAGGCAUACACAAACCUUGUACCUACUGGGUCCCCUGAGUAAGGUCCUGGGCUUCAGUUUCCUUGCCUAUAAAUAUGACAUCCCAGCGGCUUAGUGGUACUUAGUGGUAAUCUCGGUUAUAGUAUCUAAUUCACAUUAGUUGAUUUAAGUCUUGCUGAUUUCACUGUUACCUCAGAUUGUACUUCAUAAAUAAUGUUAAUAUUUAAA